AUACUGUCGCCUGCCCGCAUCCAGUAUGGAUUAUUUACAGGAAGAAUAAAAAAACAUAGCGAUUAUCACCGUGGCGGCUGCUUGUGUUGACAGCAUUAACAGACGUGCCCCUGAAGAGAGCGAGUAGCUAUGGCCGAACAAGACAUUUGUCCUCACCUGGACUCCAUAGGAGAGGUCACCAAGGAGGACCUCCUCCAGAAAUCCAAGGGAACUUGCCAGUCUUGCGGGGCAGGGGGUCCAAACCUGUGGGCCUGUCUGCAGAAUGACUGCCCGUAUGUUGGUUGUGGAGAGUCGUACUCUGAUCACAGCACCCUGCACGCACAGGCUAAGAAGCACAACCUCACUGUGAACCUGACAACGUUCAGGAUCUGGUGUUAUGUGUGUGAGCGGGAGGUGUUUUUGGAGCACAGGCCUGCGCUGGUGCCUGUACCCGCUGCUCCUCACCACUGUAAAGCCACAGAGCAGGAAGCAGCUCCUCAGCCAGUAGGUCACCCACUGAAAGCUGUACCAAUUGCUGUGGCUGAAGAAGAAGGUUCAGAGUCAGAGGAAGAUGAGCUCAAACCCAGAGGCUUGACAGGAAUGAAAAACAUUGGAAACUCCUGCUACAUGAAUGCAGCUCUUCAAGCCCUGUCCAACUGCCCUCCUCUCACUCAGUUCUUCCUGGACUGCAGUGGUUUGGUCCGGACUGAUAAGAAGCCUGCUCUCUGUAAGAGCUACCAGAAACUCAUCUCAGAACUCUGGCAUAAAAAACGGCCCAGCUAUGUUGUCCCUACCAGUCUGUCUCAUGGCAUCAAACUAGUAAACCCCAUGUUUCGGGGUUACGCUCAGCAGGUAGGGGCAAGCACCCAGCAGGACACUCAGGAGUUCCUGCGCUGCCUAAUGGACCAGUUGCACGAAGAGCUGAAGGAGCCUCUGACAGAGUGUAGCAUGAGCGGCGAGGGAAGUGACGGCGAGGAGAUAAGAGAUGGAGACCGCUCCCCAUCUGAGGAUGAAUUCCUAUCCUGCGACUCUGGCUCCAGCAGCGACCGGGGGGAGGGAGGAGGAGCGGGUGACGCGGAGCUGCUCCUGCAGGAUGAGUGUGACGGCGUCAGGUCACCGGCAGGAGGGAUGGUGGGCGUCACUACCGGCGGGGUGAUCUCAGAGAAAGAGAGGCUGAAGGAAAGGAGGGUGUCUGGCUCACCCCUCCGUGGAGGCUCCCAAGAGAUGGAUGAGGACGCUGAUGUGGAUACAGCAGCUGAGGACGGGGCUCCUGAGCGGGGAGAGGAGGAGGAGUCGACGACAACCACAAACACUGAGGUCCAAAGCCAAGAGAACAAUCAGUUAUCUGAUACUGGGCAAGGGCAAACCCAGAGCAACACGACCUCAGAGCCAGACAAUGAAGCAUCAAUGACACAGCCCCAGUCCACUCCCUGCAGUCCUGUGCGAACCCUUCAGGAGCUGCAUCCCAAACUGUCCUCCAGUCCACCUCGCUCCAGCCCCCUCCGCUCUGCAGGACCUGCGUACUCCUUCAAAAAAGCUCAGCUGAUGCUCAGUGCCAGGAAGAAGAAACAGUCUCACUAUCGCAGCGUGAUCUCCGACAUCUUUGACGGCUCCAUCCUCAGUCUGGUCCAGUGUUUAACCUGCGACAGGGUCUCAACUACAGUGGAAACCUUCCAGGACUUGUCCCUCCCUAUUCCCGGUAAAGAGGACUUGGCAAAGCUCCACUCCUCCAUACAUCAAAACCUUCCAGUCAAGACAGGCGUGUGCCCCGACACGUACAGUUCGCAGGGCUGGAUCUCCUACAUCAUGGACUCCAUACGCCGGUUCGUAGUCUCAUGUAUCCCCAGUUGGUUUUGGGGGCCCAUGGUAACCCUAGAGGACUGCCUCGCCGCCUUCUUUGCUGCAGAUGAACUCAAAGGGGACAACAUGUACAGCUGUGAGAGAUGUAAAAAGUUGAGAAAUGGUGUCAAAUAUUGCAAAGUACUUAGACUUCCGGAGAUUCUGUGCAUUCACCUGAAACGCUUCCGGCACGAGGUCAUGUAUUCAUUCAAGAUUAGCAGCCACGUAUCCUUCCCAUUGGAGGGCCUCGACAUGCGACCUUUCCUCGCCAAAGAGAGUUCAAGCCAAGUCACCACGUACGACCUGCUGUCAGUCAUUUGUCACCAUGGCACGGCAGGAAGUGGGCACUACAUAGCUUACUGUCAGAAUGUGAUCAAUGGUCAGUGGUAUGAGUUUGAUGACCAGUAUGUCACAGAGGUCCAUGAGACGGUGGUACAGAAUGCAGAGGCCUAUGUUUUGUUCUAUAGGAAAAGUAGUGAGGAAUCCGUGAGAGAGAGGCAGAAGGUGGUGGCUCUGGCCAAUAUGAAGGAGCCAAGCCUGCUGCAGUUUUACAUCUCCAGAGAGUGGCUGAACAAGUUCAACACCUUCGCAGAACCGGGUCCCAUCAGUAACCACACGUUUCUUUGUCAGCACGGGGGGAUCCCUCCUAAUAAAUAUCACUAUAUUGAUGACCUGGUUGUGAUUGUUCCCCAGAAUGUAUGGGAGUACCUUUACAACAGUUUUGGAGGCGGCCCAGCAGUGAACCACCUCUAUAUGUGCGCCAUCUGCCAGGUGGAGAUUGAAGCUCUGGCUAAACGCAGAAAAAUGGAAAUUGACACCUUCAUCAAGCUGAAUAAAGAGUUUCAGGCUGAGGAGGCUCCCACUGUGAUCCUGUGCAUCAGCAUGCAGUGGUUCAGAGAGUGGGAGAGCUUUGUGAAGGGCAAAGAUAAUGAGCCACCUGGUCCCAUCGACAACAGUAAAAUUGGUGUUAUGAAAGGAGGACACAUACAACUCAAGCAAGGUGCAGACUAUGGUCAGAUCUCAGAGGAGACAUGGCAGUACUUGUUGGGCAUUUAUGGCGGAGGCCCUGAGAUCGCAGUGAGACAAACGGUGGCCCCGGCUGACCCUGACAGCCUUCAUGGAGAGAGGAAGAUCGAGGCAGAGACCAGAGCGCUUUGAGAUAAAAAGAGGUCUUCUGACCUUUCUACUCCUGCCCUCACAGGAAGCUGAGGAAUUUGCACCUGGCUGAAGACGCCUCGCUGUGAGCACUUUGUAAAUGUAGCAACGCAUUAUUCUGAAGCCGUGUCACAAGAGGCUGAAACGGUACUUAGAUAUUACGUAGUUUAUUUAUUGGAUAAGUCUGAUCCGCAGUGUUAAGGUGUAAAAAUAAGACGUCAUGCCACAUCUCUGGAGCUGUUUUUGGUAGCUAUGGUGUGUCAGUGGCUGCUGUAGUGACUAGGUGUCAUGUACUGCUAAACAGGCGUCAUGAGCCAGUUUGCUGAGGAGCAAAACAGAACUACAGUGUGAUGUUUGGUCCGAGGACUCUACUUUUCUUCCUCAGUGGAAGCAGCAACCAAGAGACAUUAAGAAGCUAUCUGUUGUUUGCCUAUUUACUAGUUACAUAGCAACAAGUUCAGACGUCAAGUGAGAGAUAUUGCAUCAAUCUUCUUCGUGCACCUCCAACCUUAAACACACAGUAUAACUGAGCCCUCAGGAAUGGGAGUCUUUUGUUUGUUUAAGCCAGUUAAAUGAUCAGUUUAGGGACCAUAUGAAAAAAAACACAGCAGGUUUGUUGCAAACCAUAAAAUGUGCAUGUGUUUCAAAAAUACCAUUUUCAGGGUCAUUUUUAUUUGAAAUGCUUCAAAAUGCAUGUAGCUGCAGCUUCUUUAUUUGGACCUGCAGGGACAUUUCACCGAGAGGAUGAGGUGUCGAGUCUGUUUGCUCAUGCACACAACAACACCUAUAUGUGCUCAAAAUGAUCCAGCACUAUCCAUAAAUAGGCAUACGGACAUGUAGAUGUAUAGCUAUUAUUUUAAACAGAAUAGAGAAAUAGUGAAUUUCUGAAAAAUGAACUACCGGUAAUUUAAAUCACAUAUGGCAAAGAUGCAGGAGUUAACUAAAAGGAGGGUUACAUAUGUGGUGCAAUAAUGGUAAAUUGCAGAGGGGUAAUAAGAGAGUCAUAGAAAAUAAAUUGACUGACUUUUCUGCUGAUAUCGUACUAAGUCUGUAAUUCUUCUGAAACAUCACGGUGUGAAUUACCUUAUAUCAGUUCUUAGGGAUUAUUCCCAAUGAUGCAGUACCUGUUUAUACCAAGAGAGGGCAGUAUUAAAUGAAUGUAGAAGGAAAGAAAUAAUCUGACAUCACAAAUAAUUAGCACAACAUGCACAAAUCCUGACAAAGUAUAUUUUCUGUGAUCUCUUAAUUGUUUCGUCAUCAGGUCAGAAAAUUGAAGCUGUACGCUGUGGCAGGGAUGUUGCACUUUGAGGUGUUUGUAAAAGCAUUUGUGCAUCUGCUUAUUGCAUUUUUGUCCGAGACACAUUUUAACAUUUUGAGUACAAAUAUUAAGUCUUCACUUAAUUGGACACCAGGGCUUGUCUUCUCAAAUCACUUUCGGGUGUGAGGUUUGGAUAGCUCCACCCUCACGGGAAGCGAUGACUCAAAACAGUCCGAAAACCACAGCGCUUUGCAAAAAAAACUGCAUUCAGAUCUUGAGCUUCUUCCGUUGUUGUAUAUCUUUUGAUCACUGAUGAGGCUGGUAAACAAGCAUGUGCUGUGCAAUUUAACAGCAACGUUUGAGACGGUCCAAACAGCUCCUAAUAUUCCUAAUAUUGACCCCUGACUUCUGUUUGAAAACAAUUAAUUAGCACAAUUAAUAAAUAGUUUUUAAAUAUUUUUGUUUCUCAAUAAUCAUAAAUUUAGUAACUGUACAUAUUAUAUUUGAACAGGAAACCCUCCAGAAGUAGGAGGUCCACAUGGAUAAAUACAGCUACUCAGCUAUUACCAGUCUAAAUUGCCACAAGAUGAUACAAACGAGUGACAGCACAGCAUCUUGUAGCCUAUUUACAGGUGAUUUUCAGUGCCAAAUAAUUGAAAAUAAGAAAAAACACUAAUAUUUAAUCUUUAAUGGCCAUUCACUAUUUACAUUAGGAAACAGUAGUUCUCACUUCUUGCUUUCCUUUUUAUUUCGCACCUGUUUUUGUAGCAGCAGAGAGCAGUCAUCCUACCUUGGAAUACAGUGCCUUCAAACCCCUACACAUCCAUAAUGCACCUGCGUAGGUGUUUUUACAUAUUUUUCCUGAUUACGAAUGCAUGGGCAUGUACAGAUGGUACUUGAUUGACAGCUCACUCACACUACUGUUUCUUUAGGGUGGGGAAAUGUUUAACUUCAUCAUUUGAAGUUUAGUUAAUGAUGUUUGGUGACCCCAUAUAUAUUCCCCGCCUAUCUCCCCUCACCUUUAACCUGAGCAGAUGACAGGUGAAAACACCUGUGUAGGUGUUCAGGGACUUUUUAAGUUUUCAAUCCAUCUUGACUUCAGAAAGGUCUACUUACAUUAAAUCAGCUGUGUUUCAUUGGAAGAUCAAUCAGAAAAGGUGACACUGAUCACAAAAAUUCAUUUAGACUACAUGAUGUGUAAUACAAGUUAAGAGGAGAGGAGAUGUAAAAAUGCACAUGAACUGAUGAAGUUAUUCAGAGUGCACAUUAAUAUAAGUUGUUGUUGAAAGAAUAGUUUGACAUUUAUCACAGUAAUCACCAGCAGCCAGUUAGCCUAGCUUAGCAAAAAGAGUUGAAACAGGGAAACAGCUAGCCUGGCACUAAGGUGACAAAAAAAUCGACUUA